GGACAAGAACUUGCAUUAGUUCUGAUUGUAGUUCGGACUUGACAAGUACACAAGUGUUAUAUCGAAAUAAGAAAUUUCAUAUAACUGAGAGACACAGUAUUCGUCGAAAAGGAUUAUAAUAUCUUGAGAAAUUUCUCACCAAAGGAUAAUUACACUUGAACAACAAUGUCGGUGGAGACGCUGCAGGAUUCAAUUCCUCAAAUGGCAGGCGAAACUUUGGCAGCAGCCGCGUCUGGUCCUAGUACCUUGGUGACUUUGCUGUUCGGCUUGGGCCUCAUAGCAGCAUUGUAUGAAUACUAUCGUCGUAACAGACGAGAGGCCAAAAUAUUAGAAGGCAUACCCACACCACCACAAAUGCCAUUAAUCGGUCACGGCCACUUGGUGUUCGGUACAAAUAAUGUAGAAACCUUAAAGGUUGGAAUGGAACUAAUUAAAACCUAUGGCGAAACAGUGCAUGUGAUGCUGGGUCAUUUGAGUGUGGUAUUCAUUACAAAUCCCAAGGAUAUUGAAAUUGUUUUGGGUGGCUACAAGCAUUUAGAAAAAUCGGUUGAAUAUCGUUAUUUCCAACCCUGGUUUGGUAAUGGUUUAUUGAUCUCGAAUGGACAUCAUUGGCGUCACCAUCGCAAAAUGAUUGCCCCCACCUUCCAUCAGAGUAUCUUGAAGAGUUUUGUGCCCACAUUUGUUAAACACUCAAAAGCAGUUGUAGGCCGUUUGUCCCCCAACGUUGGCAAAGAGUUUGAUGUUCACAAAUACAUGUCCGAGACUACUGUGGAUAUUUUACUCACCACAGCCAUGGGUUGCAAAACUAAGCCGGAAACCGAAAAGAGUGCCGAAUAUGCUGAAGCUGUUAUGGAUAUGUGUGACAUUAUCCACAAUCGCCAGGUGAAACUCUUGUAUCGUUUGGAUUCGGCUUUCAAUUUCACCAAAAUGCGUGAACAAAACAAUAAAUUAAUGAAUGUCAUUCUCAGCAUGACCCGUAAGGUUGUGGAAGAUCGCAAAAAGAAUUUUAAUGCUGAGGAAAGAGGUAUUGUUGAGAAGGCUGACGAAGCGUUAAAGAAGAAGCAACAGGCUAAAAUUGAUGGUUUACGUGACGAUUUGGAUGAUAUUGAUGAGAAUGAUGUGGGAGAGAAACGUCGUUUGGCCUUAUUGGAUGCUAUGAUGGAAAUGGAAAAGAAUCCCGAUAUUAAGUGGACCGAUAAGGAUGUUAUGGAUGAAGUUAACACCAUUAUGUUUGAGGGUCACGAUACCACUGCUUCCGGUUCUAGUUUUGCCCUAUGCGCCAUGGGUAUCCACAAGGAUAUCCAACAGCGUGUAUUCGAGGAGCAGCAAACCAUUUUCGGUGAUGAUUUACAACGUGACUGUACAUUUGCCGACACAUUGCAAAUGACUUACUUGGAACGUGUAAUCUGUGAGACUUUACGUUUAUAUCCACCAGUACCCUUAAUUGCCCGUAAAAUGGAAGAGGACACCAAAUUAAAAUCUGGACCCUACACCAUACCCAAAGGCACCACAGUCAUUGUGCCCCAAUUCUUUGUACACAGACGUGCUGACAUCUACCCAGAUCCCGACAAAUUCAAUCCCGAUAACUUUUUGGCCGAACGUUCAGUCGACAGACAUUACUACAGCUACAUUCCAUUCAGUGCCGGUCCACGUAGUUGUGUUGGCCGCAAAUUUGCCAUGUUGCAAUUGAAAGUUUUACUCUCGACCAUCAUCCGCAACUAUAGUGUGAAUUCGUCACGUACCGAAAAAGAUUUCCAAUUGCAGGGUGAUAUUAUCUUAAAAUUGGGCAAUGGUUUCCAAAUCAGUUUGGAACCCCGCACUACUAUUAAAGUUUAAAGUGAUUCUCAGCGAAAAUUGACCAGAUAUUUUGACCAUGACUUUGUUAAAUGGACCAUUCUACUACAAACUUUACGAAAACUGCAGGUUUAUGCUUUAAAGAAAUAUUACUAACCCAAAUGAUAUUUUUAAAAAUGAAAAACGUGUGCUAAUAACAUCAGGAAAAAUUACGUAAAAGAGGAAGAUUUUUUAAUACCACCAUACAACAUUUAUUUUUCAAGUUACUAACACUAGUUUUUAAGUUAUAUAAAUUCAAAGAGAUUAUAAAAUUCAAUAAAAAAAGGUCAUGCACAGUAAAAAAACUGUAAA